AUGGCUGCUCGCGGAACCGGCUUCUUCUGGACCCUCCUGAGGCGCUGCAGAGCCCCGGGACCGGUCCGGACCCGGACUGGACCGGGACAGCACAGGUGCGCGUCCUCCCUGCCGGCGUCGCCGCCGCCGGGCAGCUGGACCCGGCUGUCGCGGCUGGCCCACCGGGACCUGUACCGGCUUUCCAUCACGGAUCCGGAUCAGUUCUGGGGGUCCGCCGCCGCUGACCGACUCCGCUGGGAGGAACCGUUUGACCGGGUCCGGGACUGCGACCUCAGCACCGGGAAGAUCCGCUGGUUCCUGGGAGGGAAGAUCAACGUGUCCGUGAACUGUCUGGACGUCAAUGUUGAGAAGCAUCCCGACCGAGUGGCUCUGAUAUGGGAGCGGGACGAACCUGGCACUGAGGUGAAGGUCACCUACAGAGAGCUGCUGGAGACAACCUGCCGUCUCGCCAACACCCUCAAGAGCCAUGGGAUCCAAAAGGGGGACAGGGUUGCCAUUUACAUGCCAGUGUCCCCGCUGGCGGUGGCGGCCAUGUUGGCGUGUGCCCGUCUUGGUGCGGUGCACACGGUGGUGUUUGCUGGCUUCAGCGCCGAGGCUCUGGCCGGCAGGAUCCAGGACGCCCAGUGUAAAGCUGUGGUCACCUUUAAUCAAGGUGUGAGGGGCGGGCGACUCAUCGACCUGAAAGCCACCGUGGACGCAGCAGUGAAGAGCUGUCCAACUGUCCAACACGUGUUCGUUGCCCAGAGGACAGAAAACCCUGCUGUGAUGGGACAGCUGGACGUCCCCCUGGAGGAGGUGAUGUCCUCUCAGGCCUCCGUCUGCCCCCCGGAGCCUCUGGACAGUGAGGACUUCCUGUUCCUGCUCUACACAUCAGGAAGCACGGGGAGACCUAAAGGCCUCGUGCACACGCAGGCCGGCUACCUGCUGUACGCCUCACUCACACACCAGUACGUGUUUGACCACCAGGACGGAGACGUGUUCGGCUGCAUGGCGGACGUCGGCUGGAUCACGGGACACAGCUACGUGGUCUACGGCCCGCUGUGCAACGGAGCCACCACGGUCCUGUUCGAGAGCACACCUGUUUACCCAGACCCAGGGAGGUACUGGGAGACCGUCCAGCGUCUGAGGAUCUCUCAGUUCUACGGAGCUCCUACGGCUCUCCGUCUGCUGCUGAAGUACGACGAGAGCUUUGUGAAGAAGUACGACCGCUCGUCUCUGAGGACGCUCGGAUCAGUGGGAGAGCCCAUUAACCACGAGGCCUGGCACUGGUUCCACAGGGUGGUUGGAGACGGACGGUGCCCUCUAGUGGACACCUGGUGGCAGACAGAGACCGGUGGAGUCUGCAUCGCCCCGCGGCCGGCUGAGGAAGGAGCCGCCAUCGUUCCAGCGAUGGCCAUGAGGCCGUUCUUUGGUAUCCAGCCGGAGCUCAUGGGAGAGAAGGGGGAGUGUCUCUCCGGUGGCGGAGUGGGAGGAGCUCUGUGUAUCAGCCAACCGUGGCCCGGCAUGGCCCGCGGCAUCUACGGAGACCGGCAGCGGUUCCUGGAGGCCUAUUUCAAGCCGUUCCCAGGGUACUACUUCACCGGGGACGGAGCGUUGCGCUCAGACGACGGUUUCUACCAGAUCACCGGGCGGAUGGAUGACGUCAUCAACGUCAGCGGCCACCGGCUCGGCACCGCGGAGAUCGAGGACGCGCUGGAUGAACAUCCAGAUGUUCCAGAAACAGCUGUGAUCGGAUUCCCUCACGAGAUCAAAGGAGAAGUACCGUUUGCCUUCGUGGUUCUGAAGGAGGACUCUGGACUCCGCCCCCUCGUCCUCCAGCAGCUCAGAGAACUCGUCUCCACGAAGAUCGCCAGACACGCCGUCCCGGAGCACUUCCUGGUGGUGAAGCGGCUGCCGAAGACUCGCUCCGGGAAGAUCAUGAGGCGGCUCCUCAGGAAGGUUGCCAUGGGGACCACGAGUGACCUCGGCGACGUGUCGACCCUGGAAGACCCGUCCGUCGUGGAGGAGAUCAUCGAGGCCCUCGAGCGGUCCAGGAAGUGAGGAGCGAAGAAGAAGAACUCCGUCUCUUUAAGGGAGGAAGUGGCCUCUCAGAACAAGUACACAUACAUUUACUGUUUACUAUUUACAGUUUUUAAAGUGAAAGAAAAUCAACGUUAUAGUUUUUAAACUAAACUCUAAUUUUUUAUAAUUUUAAAAUUUUAAAAUAAAAAUCAGAAAUGUUAACAACAUGAAAAUU